CCCGAUCAAUGCAUUGAACAUCUCAUGGCAGCUUUCAACGUGACCCCCUCUGACCCUUCAACAUUCAUCCUUACAGGAAUCCCUGGCCUGGAACCUGCCCAUGUCUGGAUUUCCAUCCCUUUCUCCACGUUCUACACUAUCGGCCUGUUGGGAAAUGUCAUGGUUCUGUUUGUUGUAGGAAAAGAACAGACCCUGCACAAGCCGAUGUACCUGCUGCUCUGCAUGCUGGCACUCACAGACAUCAGCACAUCUACCUCUGUCAUACCGAAAGCACUGUGUAUAUUUUGGUUCAAUUUGAAAGGCAUUACUGUGGGCAGCUGCCUCACCCAGAUGUUCUUCCUUCAUGCAGUUUCUGUUAUGCAUUCAGCUGUUCUUGUGACAAUGGCCUUCGAUCGCUACAUUGCCAUAUGUAGCCCUCUGAGAUACGCCACCAUCCUCACCAACACACGAAUAGCUAAGCUAGGGCUAGUGGGUUUGAUAAGAGCUGUUCUCAUCAUUCUACCCCUGCCCCUGCUCCUGAUCAGGCAGCCAUUCUGUGCAAACCGCAUUAUCCCCCAUACGUACUGCGAGCACAUAGCUGUGGUGAAGAUGUCGUGUGGGAACAUCACAGUAAACAGGACGUAUGGCUUGGUGAUGGCCUUUGUAGUCAUUGGGUUAGACCUGACACUCAUUGCCCUGUCCUAUGGUCUGAUUAUCAGGGCUGUCCUCAGAAUCUCCUCCAAGAAAGCCCACCAGAAAGCCCUCAAUACCUGCACAGCCCACAUGUGUGUGAUGCUUACAUUUUAUACUCCCUUCCUCUUCUCCAGUCUGACACACCGGUUCAGUCAAGGCUUUGCUCCCCACAUUCACAUUAUCUUGGCCAACCUCUUCUUCCUCAUCCCCCCCAUGCUCAACCCUAUCAUUUAUGGGGUCAAAACCAAAGAGCUUCGUGACAAAGUGGGCAAAUACACCUCCAGAAUAUGCUUGCCGGUACGCCACUGA